GAAGUUAUUUCCGCCGGAAGCGGCGGCGGAGAGGCCGCGCUCCCGGUUCCCUCCUCGUUCCUCCCGCGGCCCCCCCCCGGGACCUCCCGGGACCCCCAAACAUGUCCUACAACUAUGUGGUGACGGCGCAGAAGCCGACGGCCGUCAAUGGCUGCGUCACCGGACACUUCACCUCCUCCGAGGACCUGAACCUGCUGAUCGCCAAGAACACGCGGCUGGAGAUCUACGUGGUGACGGCCGAGGGGCUGCGGCCCGUCAAGGAGGUGGGAAUGUACGGCAAAACCGCCGUCAUGGAGCUCUUCCGCCCCAAGGGGGAGAGCAAGGACCUGCUGUUUAUCCUGACGGCCAAGUACAACGCCUGCAUCCUGGAGUACAAGCAGAGCGGCGACAGCAUCGACAUCAUCACCCGCGCCCACGGCAACGUCCAGGAUCGCAUCGGCCGCCCCUCUGAGACCGGGAUCAUUGGGAUCAUCGAUCCCGAGUGCCGAAUGAUAGGGCUCCGGCUCUACGACGGCCUCUUCAAGGUCAUUCCCUUGGACAGGGAGAACAAGGAAUUAAAGGCCUUCAACAUCCGCCUGGAAGAGCUCCAGGUCAUCGACGUGAAGUUCCUCUAUGGAUGCCAAGCUCCCACCAUCUGCUUUGUCUACCAGGACCCUCAGGGCCGGCACGUAAAGACGUACGAGGUGUCCCUGCGGGAGAAGGAAUUCAACAAAGGCCCCUGGAAGCAGGAAAACGUGGAGGCCGAAGCCUCCAUGGUCAUUGCAGUUCCGGAGCCCUUCGGAGGCGCGAUCAUCAUCGGGCAGGAAUCCAUCACCUACCACAACGGGGACAAAUACCUGGCUAUUGCUCCUCCCAUCAUCAAGCAAAGUACCAUCGUGUGCCACAACCGCGUGGAUCCCAACGGAUCCCGGUAUUUGCUGGGAGACAUGGAAGGAAGGCUCUUCAUGCUGCUCCUGGAAAAGGAGGAGCAGAUGGAUGGCACCGUCACCUUGAAAGACCUGCGUGUGGAGCUGCUGGGAGAGACAUCCAUAGCGGAGUGCCUGACCUACCUGGAUAACGGAGUGGUGUUUGUUGGAUCCAGGCUUGGAGAUUCCCAGCUGGUGAAGCUCAACGUGGACAGCAACGAGCAGGGAUCCUACGUGGUGGCCAUGGAGACCUUCACUAACCUCGGGCCCAUCGUGGACAUGUGUGUGGUGGACCUGGAAAGACAAGGGCAAGGACAGCUGGUCACCUGCUCCGGCGCCUUCAAAGAGGGAUCCCUGCGGAUCAUCCGCAACGGCAUCGGGAUUCACGAGCACGCCAGCAUCGACCUGCCGGGAAUUAAAGGCCUGUGGCCACUGAGGUCGGAUCCGCACCGGGAGACGGACAAUACCUUGGUGCUCUCCUUUGUUGGCCAGACCAGGGUUCUGAUGUUAAAUGGGGAGGAGGUGGAAGAGACGGAGCUCACAGGAUUUGUGGAUGACCAGCAGACGUUUUUCUGUGGGAAUGUGGCGCAUCAGCAGCUGAUCCAGAUCACCUCGGCCUCCGUGCGCCUGGUGAGCCAGGAGCCCAAAUCCCUGGUGAGUGAGUGGAAGGAGCCCAAUGGGAAGAACAUCAGCGUGGCCUCCUGCAACACCAACCAGGUGGUGGUGGCCGUGGGAAGAGCCUUGUUCUACCUGGAAAUCUGGCCCCAGGAGCUGCGGCAGAUCAGCUGCACGGAGAUGGAGCACGAGGUGGCCUGCCUGGACAUCACUCCCUUGGGAGACUCCAACGGGAUGUCCCCCCUCUGUGCCAUUGGGCUCUGGACUGACAUCUCUGCCCGCAUCCUGAAGCUCCCGUCCUUUGAACUGCUGCACAAGGAGAUGCUGGGAGGAGAGAUUAUCCCACGCUCCAUCCUCAUGACGACGUUUGAGAGUAGCCACUACCUCCUGUGUGCCCUGGGGGACGGAGCCCUCUUCUACUUCGGGCUCAGCCUGGAGACAGGCUCACUGAGCGACCGGAAGAAGGUGACCCUGGGCACGCAGCCCACAGUCCUGAGGACAUUCCGGUCCUUGUCCACUACCAACGUCUUCGCCUGCUCCGACCGUCCCACCGUCAUCUACAGCAGCAACCACAAGCUGGUCUUCUCCAACGUCAACCUCAAGGAGGUCAACUACAUGUGCCCCCUCAAUUCCGACGGAUAUCCCGACAGUUUGGCGCUGGCCAACAACAGCACCCUGACCAUCGGGACCAUCGACGAGAUCCAGAAACUCCACAUUCGCACUGUUCCCCUCUACGAGUCGCCCAGGAAGAUCUGCUACCAAGAGGUAUCCCAGUGUUUUGGGGUGCUUUCCAGUCGGAUCGAGGUGCAGGAUGCCAGUGGAGGCACCACGGCCCUCAGGCCCAGUGCCAGCACCCAGGCCUUAUCCAGCAGCGUGAGCACCUCCAAGCUGUUUUCCAGCAGCACCGCUCCGCACGAAACAUCCUUUGGAGAGGAGGUGGAAGUUCACAACCUGCUCAUCAUAGACCAGCACACCUUUGAAGUGCUCCAUGCUCACCAAUUCCUGCAGAAUGAGUAUGCCCUGAGCCUGGUUUCCUGUAAGCUGGGAAAAGAUCCCAACACCUACUUCAUUGUGGGCACUGCCAUGGUCUAUCCCGAGGAAGCCGAGCCCAAGCAGGGCCGGAUCGUUGUCUUCCACUACUCCGAUGGGAAGUUACAGAGCCUGGCUGAGAAGGAGGUCAAGGGAGCCGUGUAUUCCAUGGUAGAAUUCAACGGGAAGCUCCUGGCCAGCAUCAACAGCACGGUGCGGCUGUACGAGUGGACGGCAGAGAAGGAGCUGCGCACGGAGUGCAACCACUACAACAACAUCAUGGCCCUCUACCUGAAGACCAAGGGGGACUUCAUCCUGGUGGGAGACCUCAUGCGCUCUGUGCUGCUCCUGGCCUACAAACCCAUGGAAGGCAACUUUGAGGAGAUUGCCCGGGAUUUCAAUCCCAACUGGAUGAGUGCUGUGGAGAUCCUGGAUGAUGACAAUUUUCUGGGAGCAGAGAACGCUUUCAACCUGUUUGUGUGCCAGAAGGACAGUGCGGCCACGACGGACGAGGAGCGGCAGCACCUGCAGGAAGUGGGAUUAUCCCACCUUGGGGAAUUUGUUAACGUCUUCUGCCAUGGAUCCCUGGUCAUGCAAAACCUGGGAGAGACUUCCACGCCCACCCAGGGCUCCGUCCUCUUUGGCACCGUGAACGGGAUGAUCGGGCUGGUGACAUCUCUAUCAGAGAGCUGGUACAAUCUGCUCCUGGACAUGCAGAACAGGCUCAACAAGGUCAUCAAAAGUGUCGGGAAGAUCGAGCAUUCCUUCUGGAGGUCCUUCCACACAGAGCGGAAGACGGAGCCGGCCACGGGAUUUAUCGAUGGGGACCUGAUCGAGAGUUUCCUGGAUAUCAGCAGGCCCAAGAUGCAGGAAGUGGUGGCAAACCUGCAGAUCGACGACGGCAGCGGGAUGAAGCGGGAAGCCACUGUGGACGACCUGAUCAAGAUCGUGGAGGAGCUCACCCGGAUCCAUUAGCAGGAUUUGGGAUCAUUCCCUACCCCUGGUGCCAGGGAAUCCUUCCCCAGCCAUGCCCAACACUAGAGGAGCCAGAAUCUCCCAAGGAGGAGCAGCUUGUUAGGAAUUUGAGGGGGGUGUUGGUCACUUCCCGCUAGGAUUCAUGGAUCCUGUGGACUCGGCUGUGCCCAGAACUGUCCCUUCCCUUGGGUGAUCCACCGGGAUGCGAUUCCCUCUUCCCUGGUGUCUUUAGUAGAUUUGACUCAUUUUUUUGGCUUUUGAUCCCUUUUUUUUUUUUUUUUUUUUGAUUCCGUGUGUUUUAUUGGAAGAGGAAUCAAAGCUGGAGGAGCAGCCGAGCAGGAUAACUCUCCACAGGAUCCAUUCCUCGCUCAGGGCGGGAAUUCUGGGAAGCUCAAGCUCAUGUCGAUUGCGGAGUUGUACCAAAUAAAGUAGUCCAAGAGGAAA